AGAACAAAAAACCAGAAAAAAAAAAUCACUGAAAUAAAAAAAAGCAGUAGAAGCAGAAGCAUGAAACCGCUCUCCACUUGGGGUUCUUCCAGAAACCCUGUAAAGUUCAGAAUUCCAACUUCUGAUAAUCUGUUGCCUAUUCGAUUAGACAUUGAAAUUGAUGGUCAAAGAUUUAGAGAUGCUUUCACUUGGAACCCGUCGGAUCCUGAUUCAGAAGUGGUAGUAUUUGCAAAAAGAACUGUAAAAGACUUGAAACUUCCUCCAGCAUUUGUCACUCAGAUUGCUCAAUCCAUCCAGUCACAGCUGACAGAGUUUCGGUCAUAUGAAGGACAAGAUAUGUAUACCGGUGAGCGAGUAGUCCCCAUCAAGCUUGAUCUCCGUGUAAAUCAUACGCUUAUCAAGGAUCAGUUUCUAUGGGACUUGAACAACUUUGAGAGUGAUCCAGAAGAAUUUGCAAGAACUUUCUGCAAGGAUAUGGGAAUUGAAGACCCAGAAGUUGGUCCUGCAAUUGCCAUUGCCAUUAGGGAACAACUUUAUGAGAUUGCUGUCCAGAGUGUAGCUUCUGCAAAGGAAAGUAGAAUGAUAAAAAAGGGACGCAAGGGGUUUGAGCAUAUACCAAUUAGUAAGGCAGGUGGAAUUGCUGUGGACUUGGUGAAGUCAUUUGGUAACAAAUCGAGUGUUAUACGGAAAAGAAAAGAGUGGGAUGUAUUUGAACCCAUUGUUGACCUUUUGUCAAAUGAGGAAGUGGAUGCCUUAGAGGCAACAGAAGAGAGGAAUGCCCGAUGAUAAUUAAUGCACAUGUACUUAAACCUGUCGUCAACCAUAACUGAUUCAGAUGACAACUAUUUUGUAAGAGACUAUUUUUUCUGAUAGAUUUGUUGACUUCUUUUGAGAAUAGUGCAGGAGUAUGUGAAUGUGAAUUUGACUGUGACUGUGACUGUAUUUUAGCAUGUAUAGAUGAAAAUGGAUUCCCCCACUAGUUCUAUUCCUCUGAAAUUGUCAUUC